GGGGAUUAUGAAAGGGGCUAGGGGAGUGAAAUCAUACGAACGAAUGGAAAAUGGCGGACAUUGAUCAUUGGAUAGAAGUAGCAAAGCAGUGCAAAUAUUUACCCGAAAAUGAUUUAAAAAAACUGUGUGACAUGGUGUGUGAGCUGCUGUUGGAGGAGUCCAAUGUACAACCUGUUCAGACACCUGUGACUGUCUGUGGAGACAUCCAUGGUCAGUUUUAUGAUUUAAUGGAACUAUUCAGAACUGGAGGAGAGAUGCCCGAUACUAAUUAUGUUUUUAUGGGUGAUUUUGUAGACCGAGGAUACUUUAGUCUAGAAACCUUCACACUUCUACUCACACUGAAAGCCAAGUGGCCAGACAAGAUUGUCUUACUCAGAGGUAAUCAUGAGAGUCGUCAGAUAACACAGAUCUAUGGAUUCUAUGAUGAAUGCCAGUCAAAGUAUGGCAACGCUAAUGCCUGGAGAUAUUGUUGUCGUGUCUUUGAUCUUCUCACCAUAGCAGCUAUUAUUGAUGAAGUGAUAUUGUGUGUGCAUGGGGGACUGUCUCCAGACAUCAAGACCAUUGAUCAAAUUAGAACCAUAGAAAGAAAUCAAGAGAUACCUCACAAAGGUGCUUUCUGUGACUUGGUUUGGUCAGACCCGGAAGAUGUUGACUCGUGGGCCAUGAGCCCUCGUGGAGCUGGUUGGUUGUUUGGAGCAAAGGUCACAAAUGAGUUUGUAACACUGAACAGUUUAAAGUUGAUAUGUCGGGCACAUCAAUUAGUAAAUGAAGGUUACAAGUUCAUGUUUGAUGAAAAGCUGGUCACUGUUUGGUCAGCACCCAACUAUUGCUAUCGCUGCGGUAACAUUGCUGCUGUCCUGUCUUUCUCCGACCCUGACCACAGAGAAGCCAAGCUGUUCCGAGCUGUUCCAGACAGUGAAAGGGUUAUCCCCCCGAGGAAUCAAACACCUUACUUUUUAUAGAUAUUGUUAUUAUGUUUUUAAUGUUCUUUAAUAUUUAUUGUAUUUUCAAGAAAGGCUAAAAAUAAAUUCCAAAACAUUGAUACUUAAAAUUUGGUUUAGAUACUUUAAAUACAAAAAAAUAUCAGGCUUAGUCAACUUAAUCUGAUUCUGUACCUGCCUUCAGGGGCUAAUAAAAGUUUGGUCUUCUGCUGGCACAUUGCUAGAGUAAAAAAAUGUUUAUGAUAUUAGAGACUUAAAACAUAUUGAAGUAUGGAUGUAACUGUCUUGAUCACUGUGAAUAAGGAUAUUACCAGUAUUUUUUUUUGUUACAGCCAUAUCUAGUUUCAAAUGAAAUGGCAGAUCAAUAAUUGAUGUAUAUUUUUAAGCUCCAAAGGGUAGUGUCACAUUCUACUGAAAAGUUUGUAACAUGUUUUUUUUUUGUUUUAAAUCCUAAUGUUCAUUAUAAGCUCAUCAAAUUAAAUCCAGAAUGAGGCUUCUCUGUUUGUUAACUAUGAUUUAUUAUAUUGACUGGCCAUUAAACAUCAACAUUUCAAGAAUGUGUCAGUAAAACAUCGGCAUAUUUUGUUAUUAUGCAAGUAGUAAAGAUGGCCCAUGGUUCAAUAGAGUGGCAUAUGGGCCGAACAAUGAACAGACAUCUUUCAUAUAGCUUACAUGCUAUAUGAAGUCACAAUGAUUUCAGCUUUCAACAGAUUUGAACUUAAGAUCCUCAGUCUGGCACUUUACUCAACUAUGACCUCCAACAUGGGAAUAUAAACUAAUAGCAUUUUUUUUUAUUAAGAGACUGCAGGAUUAAAAACUUCUAAUUAAUGUUUAUGGUACAUGCUCAAUUGUAAAAGAAUUUUUUUUUUAUUAUUAUUGAAUAGCUUCAAUCAAAGUUUAAUAAUGUCCCACAGAGAGGGGUUUUUUUUGGAAAAUAUUUAACACAGAAGUCCCAGGCAAAUAAUAAAAAUAAUCUUUAUUAUCCAUAAGGAAAGUUCUAAAUACUUACUGAAUCUGAUGUUUUAUGCACAAAUACAAACACAAAAUUAAAAUGUGUAUAUAAAGUUUGACUUAAAAUUUAAAAUUUCUUUCAAGGGAGUUCAUUCCAUUUGGAGCAAUAUGUACUUUGUAUUUUAUUCUUGUUUGUUUUUUAAGACAUCAACAAAAUGUCUGUCUGUGGAACUUUGGUUUCAUACUUUAGGAAAUGCUUGAUAUGGUUUUAUGCAAUGAUUUAAGAAAAAUACAGAGACUUAAACUCAGACUUUGCCAGAUGAAAUACAUUGACUGUAGUUCAAAAGCAGAUGGUCAAUAGCAUUACAUACCAUCUUUGUUUAAUUGAUGGACAUUAACCCCCCUUAUUAUUAAAGUGUAAAUGGUUGUAAAUUUCCAACACACAUGUUAAAAGUUACAAUGUAAAUAUCUUUUUUAGCUUUACAGAAUAAAAAAUAUUGAACAGAACAAUC